GGCAUAGAAUUGAGAGCCCAGAAAUACACCCAUAUGAGCCAUUAAUCUACCACAAAUACACCGGGAUACAAUGGAGAAAGGAAAGUCUCUUCAACAAAUGGUGUUGGGGAAACUGGGCUGCCACAUGCAAAAGAAUCUCACACCAUACUCACACACCAACUCUGAAUGGACUAAAGACUUGGAUGUAGGACCUGAAACUUGGACGAAGCUACAAAGAAGACAACAUGGCAAAACACCCCAUGAAUUGGCCUCAGGGCUGUCUCUGGGGACUGGACUCCAAGGCAAGGAAGCAAAAGCAAAAAUAAACAAGGGGGGGCUCCCUCACUCAAAAGCUUCUGCACGGUGAAAGAAACGACCAUUAAAAUGAAGACGGCCUUAAUGAAUGGGAGAAAAUAUGUGCACAUCAGAAUUAUCAAUUUGGACUUUGUUCAGCUACAGAUAAAAAAAGGAGACAGGGGAGUGGGCCAGUGAACUCUGCAGUGUGUGCGUGCACCACCCUGGGGACAUGACGGGGCUCAGGUCCCUGCUGCUGCUGCCCCUGCUGCUGGGCUGGGCCAUUGGCCACCCUGCCCCCGGGAGAAAGAACUUCAACAAGCUGCUGGUGAUUUCCUUCGACGGCUUCCGCUGGGACUAUGACCAGGACGUGGACACCCCCAACAUGGACCUCCUGGUUAAGGAGGGUGUGAAGGCCAAGUACCUUUCGCCGCCGUUCGUUACGAUGACCUCCCCAUCCCACUUCACCACCAUCACAGGUCGCUGGAUUGAAGACCAUGGAGUCAUUCACAACAUGAUGUUUGACGCGGAGAAGGGCUGGAAGUUAGACUUCAAGACCACACAGAACAAGACUGAGUGGUGGGACAACGGGGUGCUGCCCCUCUGGAUCACAGCACAGAGACAGGGGAGGAAGACAGCGUCCUUCCACUACCCCGGAGGAGGAGCGAAAUAUAACGGUGAGGCUGUCCAGCGGGCACUAGUGGAGUCCUACACUCACCCAAACAGCAACGAGACGGAAUGGAGGGAGAACAUCGACAUCGUCAUGGGCUGGUUCGAGAAGGAAGACUUUGACUUCGUCACGCUGUACUACGGGGAGCCAGACAGUGUGGGGCACCGCUCUGGGCCCGAGACGGAGAACAGGAGGGUGAUGAUCCGGCAGAUCGACAGAACCAUCGGGUACCUGCUGGAGGCCAUCAAGAGGCACGGCCUGACAGAGCGCCUCAACGUCAUCAUCACGUCGGACCAUGGCAUGACCACGAUCAAAAAGCAGCCUGAAGUCACCGAGAUCCUCUUGACCAACUACGUCAAGUACAGAGAUCUGGUCAAGUUUGACCUUGUGGACUAUGGCGGCUUAGGGAUGAUCCUGGCCAAACCGGGGCAAGAGGAAAAUCUUUACCAGGCGCUGAAGAACGCGCACCCUCACCUCCACGUCUACAAGAAGGAGGAGUUUCCGGAGCACUUCCAUUAUGCCAAACACGAGCGGAACCUGCCCAUCUUGAUGUACACAGAUCCCGGCUACAACAUCAACGGGCGACUCAUCCUUUAUGUCAACAAAGGCGACCACGGCUUUGACAACAACUUCAUGGACAUGAAGACCAUAUUCAGAGCUUUCGGGCCAGAUUUCAAGAAGGGUUACCUGGCUGAGCCCUUUGACAGCAUCCACAUCUACCCGCUCAUGUGUCAUCUCCUGGGGGUGACCCCUGAGCUCCAUAAUGGCUCCCUGGCCGUCACGCAGGGAAUGCUCGUGGACCAGAAUCCAGGUGUCACGCAGGGAAUGCCCACGGACCAGAAUCCAGGAGGGGGAACCACUUCGAAGACGCUGCAUAACGCAGUGAUCGGCCUCGGAACGGUCACAGCCGUGCUCCUGAUUGUGUUUCUCUCUGCGGUCACGUACACUGCCAUCCAGCGGAAAAAGACCGGCCGGACAAGCGACCAGCGCAGCCCAGCGGAGCCGCGGGGCGCGACCGCCUUCUGAAGCUGCCACGGAGACUCGCCCCGUCGGGAUCCCCGUGCGCCUCCCGCUCGGGGCCCCCGGGCCGGGGACACCCCGGGCCGACACCGUCCUUGCUUGUAAACUCCCAGCAGCGCCCCGGCCGCCUCCCGAGUGGGGGAAUAAAGGGGGACGAUGUGUGUGU